AUGAAUAGACGUUAUUAUAAACUGGAGCAUGAUGUUGUGCUUCUGCCACAACAAGUUCAAUCCGUAUUUCUCCCAACACCAAUUCAAGCUGAUCAGCACACAAGAAAGAAUUCACCCUCAAAACCUUCAUUAUUCAUCCCACAUGGUAAUGAAUUGAUUUUAAAACCUAUCCAGCUGACUCGAGCACACUUUUAUGAUGCUUAUUCAAAAGGAAAAUGGAAUCUUUCAAAAGUUCCCUGCCCACCAUUUAUUGAAAACGUUGGUUAUAUGAAACCCCCAGAAAGCUAUAAUGAAAUAACUAGAUCAGAAUCGGUUUCAAACUAUAUGAAUUUGCCUCAUUGGAAAAAAAUCCAGUAUUUCACCAAAAUUAUUUCGAAAUUAAAAAAAACUUUUAAAAUUAAUGGGGUAUCAAUUUCGUUAAUUGAUAAAGAUAAAUGUUAUUACAAAUUCGAAACCACUUUGGACUUGAAUUGUGUUCCUAGAUGUGUUGCUAUUGAUUCUCAUGCAAUCUUAUCGAGUGGGUCAUUCGUAUUAUUAGAUGCUUCGAAGGAUUGGAGAACAAGGAAAAAUCCUUUGGUUACCGAAUCACCAUUUAUUAAAUUCUACUGUGGAGCACCACUUUUGGCAACAAAUAAUGAUGUUAUUGGAAUAAUUGCAAUUUUCGACUCUAAACCAAAAUUAUCGUUUUCGGAAGAGAAUUGUAGAGCAUUAAUGAGUGUGAGUAGUGAUUUAAUGGAUUUUUUAAAUUCAUCACUUGAAGAUGAUAGUUCAAUAGCAAAAAUAAAGACAAGAGAAAUUAUGGACUCCUUGUUGUUAUAUGGAAAUUCAGAUAAACGAGCAGCAUUAAAAGAGUUGAGAAAAGAGAUUGGUAGACCUACAAGUGGUAAAUCAUCAUUAAUUUUUGAAAAAGAUGGUUCAGGUGGUCCAUAUAAUGCGAAUCAAAUUACUAGAUUUAUUAGAUUCAAUAAGCAAGGAGAACAAAAUGAUUUAACAAAGAAUAGAAAUGAAAGAAAUCGAAAGUUGAAGUCUUUUGAAAGUCAACAAGCUAACUACGAAGAACAAGAUUUGAAGCUCACAUUAAUGCCUAAACAUAAUCAAUUGAUCAAGCAGAAAGAAUUAUGGAAAUCUUUAUUUGCAUUGGGCUCAUUAAACAAAGCUGCUUCUUCACUAUGUACUACUUUGGCCACUUUCUACAAAUUUGAUUUUGUAUUUGUAUUAGAAAUUAGAAUUGCUGAACAAUGUUGUAUUCCCAAAGAGUAUUUCCCGGCAAAUGAAAAUAAAAUUGAUCUUGGACUGUUCAAAUAUGCAAAUAAAAUCACGAAAUCAAAGUAUCCAAAAGACGAAUUUAUGACGAGAAUGACUGGAAUGUAUAAACAUAAAAGCCCAGACCAUUUGAAACAUUCCAGCAAUGCAAUUUUAACAAAUUCCCCAACUAAUCUGUUUUUUGAAAAAUCUAUUCAUUAUAAAGCAUUUUUAUCAGAGUUUGGCUUGGAAUAUAUCAAUCCUAGAGUAAACACAAUAUACAAUUACGGAAUCAUAAUGCCUUUCUUCAGACACGAUUCAAAGUUGUUAAAACACAAUUCAUCAUCUACACGGAAUUGCAAAAAUAUUGAUUUAUACUUAAGAAGCGGUGGAUUCUUGAUUGGGUUAUUUUCAGAAUUAGUUAAAGAAGAAGUUGACAGUGAAUUGAUAUCUGCAAUUUUUGAUCACUCUGUUACCUUUAGAAAGAUAUAUAUUAGUACUACUCAAUGA